AUGUGGUGCUUGCAUGUUGAAGAGUCAGUAAAAGACAAGUUUAAGAAAUACGGUUGUGAAUAUGUGAGCCAUUUGAAACCCCAGCUGGUGGCCAGCAGUGCCCGUUUCUACCGCUUUCUCGAGGAACAUUGCCCUGUUGUGACAGAAACUUACUAUCCCACAAUUUGGUGCUGGGAAGGUCGGGUGCAGACACUCCUGCGUCCCUUUAUCACAUCCAGACCCCAAGUACGAUACAGGAAUGAGCUCAUUAAAACAGCAGAUGGAGGACAGAUUUCGUUGGAUUGGUUUGAUAAUAAUGACAGCUUAUAUUAUCCGGAUGCCAGCACAAGACCCACUGUCCUGUUGUUGCCUGGUCUAACAGGGACGAGCAAAGAAUCCUACAUUCUUCAUAUGAUCCAUCAAAGUGAAACACUUGGAUAUAGAUGCGUGGUUUUUAACAAUCGGGGAAUUGCUGGUGAAGAACUUUUGACACCAAGGACUUACUGUGCAGCUAACACAGAGGAUUUAGAAGCAGUUAUUCAUCAUGUACACAACUUGCACCCCUCAGCUCCAUUUAUGGCAGCCGGUGUUUCUAUGGGAGGCAUGCUUCUUUUAAAUUACUUGGGCAAAACUGGCAGAGACACUCCUUUAAUGGCAGCUGCAAUUUUCUCUGCGGGUUGGAAUGUUUUUGAAUCUGUAGAAUCUCUGGAGAAGCCACUCAACUGGCUGCUUUUCAACUAUUACUUGAUUACUUGUCUACAGUCCUAUAUCAGCAGGCAUCGACAAAUGUUGGAGAAAUUAUUUGAUAUGGAUCUUGUGAUGAAGGCUAGAACUGUUAGAGAAUUUGAUAAGCAGUUCACUUCAGUCAUGUUUGGCUACCGUACAAUUGAUGAUUAUUAUGAAGACGCUAGCCCAUGCCGCAAGCUGAAAUCAGUAGGAAUCCCAGUGUUAUGUCUAAACUCUGUGGAUGAUGUUUUCUCACCUGGUCAUGCUAUACCAGUCGAAACUGCCAAACAAAAUGCAAAUGUUGCUUUGGUUCUGACUUCUUGCGGAGGCCAUAUUGGUUUUCUGGAAGGAAUAUGGCCAAGGAAGUGCACUUACAUGGACAGAGUCUUCAAGCAGUUUGUGCAAGCUAUAUUUGAGCAUGGAAACAAAAUCUUUAGCAUGUAGCUUUGGACCACUACUAUAGCACAGUGGCACAUUCUGACAAUUCAGCUUAAUGCACAAACAUUAACUACUGUAAGCCAGCAAAUGGAUGAAGUCCAUUACUACAUGCAAAAAUAUUUUUUGCCUAAGAUUUUGUAGCAGGAAACUAAAUAUUAUGUUGUCACUUUUGUAUUUAUUUUUAAUAUGCCUUACUAAGGAUGACCUUAAAUGAAACAGCAUUCUGCAUACAUCAAAUUGCACUUAACCGAAACCAUCAACUAGGCAGAUUAUAAUUCCUCAGGAUUUUAAUUUAAACCAGUACGUAUUUAGGAGACUUAACUUAGAUGGCUUUUAAUAUUAGACUGGCAAUACUCAAAUAAUGUUUAUUAUCCUGCCAUACAUAGUACAAGUUGGCCCAUUCCUUAAGGCACCAACGGUGAAUAUCUUAAAAUAUGAAAACAAAAGAAGGAAGGUACACAAAGAAGCACUGGUUCUUCAAGUAAGUCUAAAUUUUAGCAUGUAAUUACAUAGCAUUAGACUGGUACCUGCUUUUGCUGUUUUACCCUAAAAGAAUUCAAGAUUUAGGGCUAGUUUUUGUUUUUUAAAUUAUGCCAAUGCCAUACUUGUCUUACAUGAUAAUUUUUUAAACGGUUAGGUAAUUUAUAGUGUUUACAUAUAACCAAAAGAUUCUUUUAAAACAGUACUGUAAUAACUUAUGUAAUUAAAAGACAUUUUGCCUUUCAAAGUUCAUGUAAAGCUGUGUUUGUCAUGUAUGUAAUACAUUACUUCAUAUAACUGGUAAAUUCAAUGAUUCUAUCUAUUAUGUUUAUAUGAUCCUGCAAGACCAUUUCAGUUUUUAAGGAAUAAAUUAUUAGAGGAUCAGGAGAUUGUGAUAUAGUCUGCUUUAAAUUAAAAAAAAAAAUCCAUCUGAAACCUUUGUCUCUGCUAUUGUUUCAGAUAAUUUCUAAAAAGAGGGCAACAGAAACUGUUUAAAGAAAGCAGUGGGGUGGGAGGCUGGAGCCCUGUCUUUCACAGGUUUGUUUAUUUGAUCACUUGUCAGCCCUUCAGCAAUGCUUGGACAAAGCACGGAAGCCUCUGGAGACUGAUUUGCAGAGCCUCCGAGAGGCUCGCUAGACAUCAGUGGUCUCCCGAGUUCUGAAACGCAGCGAUAGCUAAAGUGGAUCCUUGAGGACAAAGGACGGUUGGAUGUUAACUCAUGUCCUGAAGCUGCUGGGAAGUCCUAAUUAAGGGCAUAUUGAAAUAAAAGAAAGCCUUUUAACCAGCUUCUGUGAAGGCCUCCUCUCAUGCUAAUGAGUGAUUUGGGCCCAGCCACACAAGAUUAGGCAGUAAGGAUGCCUUUGCAUUUUUGCAUUUUUAUUUUUAUCUUGUGAGUGCGGUCAGUACAACAAGAAAAACUCAGAUAAAAAAGCAAGUCUGGUCUUCUGUCUCAUGCAGGAGUGAACAGUCCUCUUGCAGGGCAUGUUUCCUAGUAACAGCAAAGGCAAAGGAAGAACAAAAAUACUUUUUGUCCUUAGAAAAAGAAGAAAUCAGGACAUACUGUAAGAAGGCUAGUUUUGUGGGGUAGAAGGUUAAAUUUAAAAAAAAUUAGACAAGUGCUUUCAAGUUUGGAUUUUUCAGACAAGGCAUUGACCACAGCCCAAAUAAUAACAUGUAAUGUACUUCUGCUGUAAUAAGCAAAAUGAGGAAAGUGACAUGUAAAAGAGAAAUGAAGUUUUGUGCAUUUUGCAACCACAGAUGAAACCAACAUAUUAGAAGGGUGCCUUAUUCAUUCUUAUAUUUAUUUCCAUAACAGAAGUUUUUAUGUUCCUACAAACACAAUGAGCAAUAAAUUGCGUACUUAGCAUUAUAUUCGUAGAAUUGUUUCGGUACAGUACUGUUCAAAACUCACCAUCAAUAUUAAAAACUUAAAACCACUUUUAUUAAAGACAUACUUUAUUGCUUAAAUAAAAGUAACAUGAUUAAUGUCAGAA